CGCAAAAGGAAAUUGAAUGGAACACCGACGCCAACUACAUAUAUUAGUUAAACCGGAAUUGAAAAGACGCUUAAGCCCUUGUCUACCUUUCAGAACCGCGGGUGAAUUGAUCCCUUUAUGAUUUAACUCAUUUAAGUUUGAAGGAGGCUCUACUGCAGCCUCCCUGCACUGAACUCUGAAGGCCCCGCUUCUCGCUGCGCGCGUUCACUGUGACUUCUUCCACGCUUCUUCAAUCUUCAUCUCCAUCUCCCUCCAUCACUGCCCGAAAAACCCUUCGGAAAUGUUGAGCUCCUGCUAACAUUCUCACUGUCUGUUAGCGAGCUCUGAUGGCGAGGACAAUUGCUGCCGGGCGGUCAAUGGCCGCCGCGUCCUCAGUUCAUCUCGCCUUGCGCGUCCUGAUGCUUGGUGUUACUCGAUUGCCAUUGGCUUCUGCCAUCCCACUCUCCAUCCUCCGCGUAGAGGCACCUGAAGCACCGAAAAGCCCGAACGACCUGUCGUUAUGGGCUUUCCUUGGAACUGCUUUUGCUUUGGUCGUGCUUGGAGGUGUAUUUGCGGGUCUGACCAUCGCUUUAAUGGGUCAAGAUGAGAUCUAUCUUCAGGUCAUUGCAACGUCCGGCGAGGGGAAAGAACGAGAACACGCGCAAAAGGUCUUGCAGUUGCUUAAAAGGGGGAAACAUUGGGUUCUGGUCACUCUCCUCUUGAGCAAUGUCAUCACCAACGAGACAUUGCCUGUCAUCCUCGACCGAUCCAUUGGUGGAGGAUGGCCUGCUGUACUCAGUAGUACGAUCCUAAUUGUCAUCUUCGGAGAGGUCAUUCCUCAAUCUAUUUGCGUUCGCUACGGCCUACCGAUCGGUGCAUGGAUGUCGGAUAUAGUACUUGUUCUGAUGUGGAUCAUGUCUCCAGUCGCUUGGCCAACCGCAAAACUCCUCGAUUAUCUCCUCGGCACAGAACACAAAACGGCGUAUAAGAAAGCAGGAUUGAAAACUUUGGUGACGUUACACCGAACGCUUGGUACGAGUCCAGACGAACGUCUUAAUAAGGAUGAAGUCACCAUCAUUAGCGCAGUUCUGGAUUUGAAAGAGAAGCCAGUUGGAAGCAUCAUGACGCCGAUCGAGGACGUCUUCACAUUGUCCGCGAACGCCGUGUUGGAUGAUGAAAUGAUGGACAGAAUCCUUACGGCUGGAUACUCCCGAAUCCCCAUAUAUGCCCCAGAUCAUCCUCAAAACUACGUCGGGAUGUUGUUAGUUAAGAUGCUUAUCACGUAUGAUCCGGAAGACGCCAUACGGGUUCGCGACUUCUCGCUUGCAACCUUGCCGGAAACAAGGCCCGAGACAAGCUGUCUCGAUAUUGUCAAUUUCUUCCAAGAAGGCAAAUCACACAUGGUCUUGGUUUCGGACUACCCAGGAGAACCGUACGGUGCUUUGGGCGUUGUUACUUUGGAGGAUGUGAUUGAGGAGCUCAUUGGAGAGGAGAUUAUCGACGAAUCCGAUGUCUUCGUCGACGUCCACAAAGCUAUUCGAAGAAUGGCUCCGGCUCCUCGGUCACGAAUCCCGAAAGGUGAGGUUGUAACGGCACCGGAACCAGGGACUCAUACCAAGCAAGAGGAUGAGAUCCCGGUAGAAGGCCUCGAGUCAUCACUAUUGAACCGAUCCGCCAUCAUGGACAGCGUGGAUGGAGCAAAUGGGACGGAUCCUAGAAAGCAGUCGCUCCCCGACCUGUCGCGAAGUCCGCGAGAUACCACACUUUACAUGCGUCGUCGCAAAUCGGCCGAUGCCAAUCAGUCCGCGACUAUUCCUGUAAAGAGCAGCAGCGAAGAAGUUCGCGCAGCCUUGAAGCAUCUUGGCCCGAGCAACCUUGCAUCGGCACCAAAACAGACGAAGAUCAACACAGUCAAGAUCAAGCCAGGAAAUGGUGUUUCAACGAUUCCCGAAGAUGCGGCUAUUUCCCCGUCCCAAUUCCUACUAUCUCCGGAGCCAGAUAAGAAGUCCGCGGGGGCUUCGCCAAACGUCCCAAUCUCAGCAGGCCGGUCUGCCAGCGACGCGGUACAUCUCAUCCAGCAAGUCCAACAACCGAACUAUGGCACCCUUGCGAGCUCUCCGGCACCCAAGACCGAGCCGUUACCUAGUCCGGACGACAAUGGCAAAGACAAAGCGAGCGCCGAUGAUAAGCAAGACACCAAACAGCACGAUGGCGACCACCUUUACCCUUACAAGGAACGUAGCGCUACCCGCUCCACUGGCAAUCUCUCCACCACAUCCGGUAAAUCGGGCAAGAUCAUUAUUCCCUCGGAGCGCCCUCCUUCACAAUACAGCAACCAUAGCACGAGCACUCUCGGGGGGCUAAAAUCACCAUUGUCACCUUCUAGCGACGAGCCACCCCCUCCGAGGACCACUGCGCGGUCAGGCAGCAUCACGGAGAACCUAGUCGACGCGGGUGGAAUGAAGAAAAUGGUUCUUGACCUCCAGCCCGGGGAAAGCGACGUUGAGGCUGAAGCGACUGGGGAGCCCAGUAGCAGCAAGCAGCCGGGGGAGACGCAGGAAACGAGUGCGGUGGCCGAUGAUGACAAGAAGAAAGGUAAUGCGAAGAAGAAGAGGAAGAAGCGGCCGCAUAAGAAGAAGGGUAAAGAUGGUUCGGCCGAGUCGCAGCCUUUGUUGAAGCAUUGAGUCAGAUGCAAGGCUCCCUAUUUAUAAUCCCUUCCAAUGUUUCCUGAUAUGCGGACAUGUUUUAGUCCGUCCGUACAUCCCAAUGCCUUAGAGGUUAAUAUUACUCCUUCCGGUUUUGCAAAUAAUGUUUUCAACGGC